CGGGGAUGAUGAAUCAACGUCGAAAAACCUCCAUACAAUAACCUCCUACCCUCAUAUUCAUCAUUACAAAAGAUCAUGGGAUUACCGAUGGAUUCAAAUCUUGCAGAAAUCCACGUACCAAGUGGACCGACGUCGGUUCAACAAGGACAAUCCUUCGAGGGCCUGUCGCUUCAGCAACUUGUUGCGCGGAAAGACGACCUUGAAGCUGAGUUGAAGGCACUCGGUGCAGUCUUGGAUAGCCAUGGAGUCACCAUGCAAACGAGCCUAACAACCUUCGACGGGUAUCCUCGUUCAGACAUCGACGUGGCACAAGUCCGAGUGACAAGAGCUAGGAUUAUCACACUGCGUAAUGAUUGGAAAGAUCUUAUGGAUAGAAUAGAAAUGGGUUUGCACAAACACCAUGCCGAAUAUCAAGCUUCCGAUGAGUACAAGAAUUCAUUGCUUCAACAAAACCAGCAGCAACAGCCACCGCCGGCUACCUCAACCCGUCCUCAACAGACAUCUUCCGCCCCAGAAACGCCUUUUGCAAAAGUAAAUAGCGUCGAACCCGGCAGUCCUGCGAAUGAGGCAGGUCUAAAAGCCGGUGACCUUAUCAGAAGGUUUGGUUCUGCAGUUUGGUCGAAUCACGAGAGAUUGCGCAAAGUUGGAGAGGUAGUCGGUCAGAAUCUCAAUAGACCUAUACCAGUCAAUGUAUCGAGAGGUGUCGGAGCCGAUACACAAGAGCUGGAACUGAGGUUAACACCAAGACAAAACUGGGGAGGCAGAGGUACUCUUGGAUGUCAUAUUGUCCCUAUCUGACCACACAUGUUAUGUGGAAGAUCCGGAAUGAGUGCAGAUGACGAGCGAAAUCAUGAGUCGGGGAGAGGGCAGACUGGCUGUGUGCUGAGUUCAGAGCAUCAACAGCGAACAGGCUUGGUUAUUCACGCACCAACGGCUAGGUUCAUGUAUGUCAGUCUACAAAAUGGACCUUCGAAACCUCAUGAGGGUGAUGGAAGGUCAGCAGGUACACUGUUGGCUUUGGGCAGCUGCAGUCAUCAAGGCAGCCUAUCCGAACCAAAUCUGGAGCAGGAGAUCUUCACAAUCGACGGAGUGGUGAGAUUGUGCUGUAAAACAUCCAAAACCCUGAGUAUGAAUUAGGUACCACGCAUAGUCGUAUAAUGAUAACGACCUAGGAAAUAAUGAUUGACUUCUGG